CUGCAGAAGCACGACCCGCUUGGCUGGUAUUUGGCAUGAGUGUGUCUGGGGCCAUUUGUUGAACAGGCUAUACCAGCAGCUUGUUCAAAAAGUGUGCAGCCCAGUCAAGUGGGCUGACUUCUUUGUUGCCUGUAUCUGUGAAUUAGGUCCAUAUAAAGAUCUAUUAGAGAGAAAAGGGCAGGUACACUCAUCCUUCAGCCUCAGUAUGACAUGAGUCUGAAGGAUAUCACGUUGCUGCAUCAUUGAACUCAAUUUGUAUCUUUAUGACAGAGUUGUCUCAUUGUGGCAUGGCCACAUCACAAGGGUUGCUCUUCAAGUUCAGAGACUAGCGCGUUUUAUUGGAAUAGAAGUUUGUUUUGCCGAGCUUGUCUUGGGAAGGUUGCCGGGUCUUGGCAAAGUUGCCCAUGUGCUUAAAUGCUGGUCAGCAACUGCAGAUGCAUCGGUGCCAACGAGCUUCGCGCAAAGCUGAAGUUUUUGAGCUUGGGAGUGCGUUUAUGUGGGUCUUUUGUCCCAUGCAGAAUAUCCUGUUGCUGCAAUAAUGCAUAUGUGAUCACACAUGACAAGUUGCAUGUGAUAAUAGGGGCUGUCAACAUGUUGCUUGGUUGGUUCUCUAUAGGUCUUCAGGACGCAUGCGCGGGUCCGUACUUAUGCAUUACUUAUCCUUAUACUUAUCCUUACCGCGUAGCUGUGAGGGAGUUGCAGAGCGGCAAUAAAUUUUUUACAAGAGACAAAUGUAAAGUGAUUCGUUAUUCCUGCGAGCAGUCUUGGGCUUGCACAAACUUGACAUCUUCACCGGGCUUCAGAGUGCUUAGAGCCACAUCUGCAACACAGAGCUGCACAAAACGGGACGUGUAUCAGCCAACAGUCCGAUUUAAAUUGCUAAUAUCGAGCAUGCUGGCUCUGGAACCGAGUGAUGUGCAGUUGCUGUGACACCUGCAUCAUUCCCCUUGCCCUUUUCACACCAAUCCCACCUAUGCAAAAUGCAAUUACUUUGUGGAUUUUUCGGUUGCAAUGUCUAUAAACUACAUACCUGGCUCAUCUUGAACAGGGUGUGUACGAGCAAUCUCAAGGAUUGCAUGUGCAGGUGUCCUGCAUCAGAAAUGCCAGAACAAAGAAACACAGAGCACACAGAGAAUUCGACAUCCCUGCAACAAAGACUUCCCCCGAGCAAAUCUGAACUUUCAAGCCCUGCAUCACAAAAUGCCAAGUGCUCCAGCUACUGUGCCUUGCAACUUGCAUCAAAAACUCUCCCAAGAUUCUGUCCUGCGCGGGGAAACUCUCUGACCUGCUGCUGUGCACAUAGCCGGACCUGCGACCAGUGUCCCAAAAGAACUGCAUGCAUCCAUCACAUGGAGGAAGCGAGCCUGUAGUAUGUCUUCAGCCCACCCGUUGAUGAUCGGUGUCAAUGACCCCUGCAAGCCACUGCCACGGCACAGCGCCCGGCAUUGCUUCACAAUGGAGACUGGGGUCACGCUGACAUCAGCCGACGCCGACUUAAUCGGCUUCCUGCAGUUUCACAGCGCCAGAUCUGGCGCCCGGGGGCGGAGCCUAUUCAGGCGCGCAGAGAGUCAUCGCAGGUGUCAAAUCAGUUGAGAUUGCCGGCGGCGUAGUCAGCCUCCUGCACAUAGCUCGCCACGACGGU